GAAAUUUGAAAACCCCGUUCGAUAGCGUGCCCUUUCCGACGCUUUUUGGCCUGCAUUUUACACAGAGAAAGAUUCCAUCCAAAUUUAUUCGAAUUUCGCUUUAACUUGUUCAAAAAUGACUGAAAAUGGUGUUAAAACAGAAAUGGACCAGGAAGAAGAGGACAACUUGUUACACUCUGAUGAAUACAAAUUCUUGGUAGAAUAUGGCAUUUCAAAAAAAGUGGCUGCUGAACUUGAAAAAAUUUACACUACAGGAAAACUCUCACAUUCAGAACUUGAUGAAAGAGCCUUGGAUGCUCUUGAAGAAUUUAAUCCAGACGAUGCCGUAAAAGUAUUACAACAAUUUACAGAAAGCAGCCUUGAACAUGUGACAAACAAAAGUGCUUUCCUCUGUGGUCAGAUGAAAACAUUCAGACAAAAAAGUAAAGGUGGGGGACCAAAUGCAGCUCCUAAAGGUCCUGACCCAGAUAAAAUUAAAGAAAUCCUUGACAGAUCUGGCUACACACUGGAUGUAACUACAGGUCAGAGAAAGUAUGGUGGACCUCCGCCAGGUUGGGAGGGCAACCAGCCUGGCCCAGGGCAUGAGGUUUUUAUUGGCAAAAUUCCCAAAGAUGUGUUUGAGGAUGAGAUUAUACCACUUGUAGAAGAAUGUGGGAAAGUAUGGGACCUUCGGCUCAUGAUGGACCCCAUGACUGGUUUCAGCAGGGGCUAUGCUUUCUGUACAUUUGUGGAUAAAAAAAGUGCAAAGGCUGCAGUUGAAAAGUUGGAGGGUUACGAAAUUAAGAAGGGUAAAACUCUAAAGGCAAAUAUCUCGAUAGCCAACCAGAGAUUAUUUGUUGGCAACAUUCCAAAGAGCAAGACACAGGAAGAAAUCAAAGAAGAAUUCUCGAAAAGAACAGAGGGUUUAAUUGAUGUGAUCAUCUAUAGAUCUGUGGAGAAAGAUAACCAGAAAAACAGAGGUUUUGCUUUCUUGGACUAUGAUUCACACAAGAGUGCUUCAACAGCCAAAAGGAAGUUAAUGUCUGGUAGAGUGAAAGUAUGGAACUGUGAUAUAAUUGUAGACUGGGCAGAUCCAGUAGAGGAGCCGGAUGAUGAAACUAUGGCUAAGGUUAAAGUACUUUAUGUGAAAAACCUCACAGCUGAUGUUACAGAGGAGACGUUGAAAGAGACAUUUGAGAAACAUGGAGCAGUUGAACGGGUGAAAAAGAUCAAGGACUAUGGCUUUGUCCACUUUGAAGAACGAGAUGGUGCAACAGCAGCUAUGGAAGCUCUCAAUGGAACGACACUAGGAAAGCUGGCUAUUGAAGUUUCUCUUGCAAAACCAGCAGCAGAAAAUAAGAAGAAGCAGCAAAGACAGGCGAGCCGUGAGAUGAGGAUGAUGGGAGGAAUGAGAGGACCUGGAUUUGAUGAUUUCUAUGGGCCACCAGGAGGGAUGAUGCCACGACCUCCACCACUGAUGCGCGGGAUGGGACGUCGUAUGCCACCACCAGAUUAUUUCUAUGAUGACUACUAUGGAUACUACGAUGAUGGAUUUGAUUACUACGGCGGUUAUGCUCCACCACCAGUUCGUGGACGUGGUGGUCGUGGUGGACCUAUGCCACCACCCGGUCGAGGCCGAGGAGGGGUGCCACCGCGCGGUGGACUUAGAGGGGGUCCAGCUGCUGGCGCGGGUAUGCGUGGAGCUGCCAGAGGCCGGGUUGCCAUGAUGCGAGGUAGAGGGGCUGGAGGACCAGGUAGAGGCCAGCAGACUCCUCCUAGAGGGGCCAAGAGAAAGGCUCCCGAGGCAACAGCUGGAGCACAGGCAAAACGACGAGCCACCGGCGCUGACUGGGGUGCUCAACCCAUUGCCCAACAACCUCUGGGCCAGAGUGGGUAUGGUGCAGGUUACAGUGGUGAGGGUGAUGCUCAGUGGUACCAGGACUCGUAUGGUCAAAAUUGGGGUUGAAUGAGUAUUUUUAAUAACUUAGCAACCCAAAAAUUUCAAAGUAAAAAGCUGAGACAGAUAGAGCACCACUUGUAAAUAGCCAUACCUUUAGGAAAUUUUUAACAGUCAGUGUGGUUUUACUUCAGUGAGCCUGUUUAUGUAUAGACCCCUGAAAGGGUUGGCAUUUUAAAUGCCAAGUUUGUGACUUUUAUCCAUUUGGAACUUUUUGGCCAUCUUCUGCAUAUGGUCUUUUUAACUUACAAACCUUGCAUCAUCUGCUGGAGUCUACCAAUUAUAUAUAAGUGAGAAAUGGAUUUUACUGGCAUUUAGAAAUUGGAUAAGUGAUUGUUCCCUCGAAUUUUAUACUUUUUCUUUAAAUAACUUUGGCAGAUCCACGUCCUUAGCGGCAGCAUUAAUUUGGGUCAGAAAAAACUGAUCAUUGAAUGCUGAUUUGUAAAUAGAAAUUUUAUCGAAAGGUAUCGAAAAAUUAACCCAAAAUUGUAUUGGUUAAAAAUUGAUUUUUUAGUUAAAUGCACUUGAUGAUUGACUUCUGAAGGACCAUUUGUUGCUAAAAUAUUGUCACAUGUUCAGAUUUUCAUAUCAAAUGCAUUGUUUAGUGUAGUUUUUUCGUCAUAGAUCAUGUAGUACGUAUUCAUCACUGUUGUUACAUUUGGCAUCGUUGUUUUUUUCUAUUUGAUAUGUAAAUCGUGUGAAAGUUCAUUAAACUUUACAAUAAAGUCAUUCAAAGGAAUACAAA